AUGAAUCUUCAGGAAGAUACAUCUAUUCAGAAUUUACCUAAUAUUGAAAUAAAUGAAAAUAUAAAUUCAAAAAAUAAUCAUCAUAAUAAUGAUGAUAAUAAUAGUAAUAAUAAUAUAAACAAUUUUAUGGAACCAACUAAUUUAUGUACUAAUUCAAAUAAUGAGAAUUCUUUAAAGGAUACGACAUUAGACUCAGAGGAUAUAUCCUAUAUAAAUUGUGAUUUUAAUAAUAUUAAUUAUCUUAAGAAUAAUAAUGAUAAUAAUAAUAUAAAUAAUAUUUGUGUGGAUAUACAAAAGGAAUAUUUAAAUAAUAACAAAAAAUAUCUUACAAAUAAUCAUCAAAAUAAUGAUCAUAUGGAAAAUAUCAAACAAAAUAAUUAUUAUCCAUAUAAUAAUUAUAAAAAGAAACAUACAGAUUGCUUAUAUGAUAUAUUCAAGAAUAAAGACAUGUCGAAUAAUAAUGAACAUAUCGAUCAAUCCAUUUAUAUAAAAAAGAUAUCUUCUCUAUCCAGUAUAUAUCAUAAUAAAAAUAACUCAUGUGACAAAAAGGAUACUACCAAUAUAAUAUAUAUGCACAAAUAUAUAUACUUAAAAAAUUUAAAAAAAAAAAAAUAUAUCAAAAAAUCAAAAUGUAAUAAAAAGAGGAUAUUAAAUAAAAAUUAUAUCAAUAUGAGUGAUACUAAUGAUAGUAAUACAAAACAAUUUAUUGAUAAAUAUACAAAUGUUCAAAAUAAUUAUAAUGUAGUUAAUAAACAUAUGGACGACAUAUAUAAUACAAUCGAAAAUAAUAAAAUGAAUAAUAAUAUGUAUAAUAUUAAUAAACAAAAUAAAUAUAAUAUAUAUUAUAAUAAAUAUAUAAAAAAUAUAAAUAGGGAUCAUUUUAAAAAAUAUUUCGUAAAAUUAUUAUAUAGAUAUCAUUUCUCAUUAUAUAAAUACCCCAAUUAUGUAUUUCCUAACAUCAAAAUGUUAAAUACGAAUUUGUCUUUGCAUAAAAUGUUUUAUUUUUAUAAGAAUUAUAUGAAACAUAUGGAUCGACCUUAUCCUACAAAUAUUAAUAUUAAUAUUAAUAGUAAUAGUAAUUGUGUUAAAUUAAAAAAUGCAACACAAUUUAAUAUAUUAAAAAAAAAAUUAUCUACAUAUAAUUAUACAAAUAACAAUGAACAACAUAACAAUUUAAAUAAUAUUUUUGAUUAUAAUGGACAUGAUGUAUUAAAUAGUGAAGAUGAUCGAACACUAAUCAAUAAUAUAAGUUAUGAUAAUAUUAAUAAAUAUACAAAUGAAUAUUUUAAUUAUAGUGAUAAUAAAAAUGAGAAUGCCUCUUGUAAAAAAAGUGUUAUCACUUAUCCUAGUACAUCCUGCCAAAAUAUAAAACGUGUAACAUUUUGCUUCAUUUCUGAUGACCAGUCAGCCAAAAAAAAAAAAAAAAAAAAAAAAAAAAUUAUAAAAAAAAAUCUGAACGGCAAGGUAGAAUUUUCCACCGAACUAAUAUUUGACAAAAAAUCAGAGAAUAACAUAAAAGUCAAUGACAAAAAUAAAGAACAAGGCAUAUGUCAUUUAUUAUUUCAAAAUAGAGAUGAUCAAAUGGCACAUAAUAGUAGUAUUUAUAGUAUGAAUAAAAUAAAAAUGAAAAAUAUCAAAAAAUUAAUAAAAAAUAAAAAUUAUGAACAUAAUAAUAAUAAUAGCCCAGCUAGCCAUUCAAAUGAUUUACCAAAUGACUUAUCAAAUGAUUUAUCAAAUGAAUUAUCAAAUGAUUUAUCAAAUGAUUUAUCAAAUAAUUUAUCAAAUGAUUUAUCAAAUGAUUUAUCAAAUGAUUUAUCAAAUGAUUUAUCAAAUGAUUUAUCAAAUGAAUUAUCAAAUAAUUUAUCAAAUGAUUUAUCAAAUAAUUUAUCAAAUAAUUUAAAAAGUCAUAAUAUUUGCAUACCCGAAAUAUAUCAAAAUAGCUUUUUGGAGAAUUCCAACAAAAUAAGGAAAGUUACAGAAGAAAAGAACAUAACAAAAUAUGAGAAGAAUGAUGAACAUCAUAUGACAUAUGAUGAAACAUUGUCGAGUAGCCAAUUAGAUAAAAGUGUACGAAAAAAAAGAAAAAAAAAAAAAUUAGACAACAUAAAUGAUGAAAACAUUUCUAAUUUAUAUCAUAUAAAAAAUAUAGACAAUGAUAAUACUCCAAGUGAUAUGAUAAAAGAAAAUAACCAUUUAAAUGGUCUUCCGUUGGAUGAUCAUUAUGAUAAUAAUACAAAGUUGAGUUAUAAUUUUGAUGGGGAUGAAGAUGCUAUUAGAGAGGUACAAAAAUAUAUAGAUUAUAUAAUUGAGAAUGAAGAUGUGGAUAUAUCUAAGAUUAAUAUCACAUUAAAUAAAACCUAUGUUAAAAUAAAUUUCUUUUUAAAAAAAUAUAUAUUACAAUAUGAACAGUUUAAAAAUAGUAAUAUAUUAUUUUGUUUUGGAGAAUCAAGUGAAGAAGAAGUGUUAUCAGAACGACAGACGUUUACAGAAAAGAUAGAUAAUAAAAUAUUAGAUACAAAUGAGGAAGAUGAUAAUACAAAAAAUGUUGAUAUGAUAAAUAAGAAAAAAAUGAAACCACCAAAAAAUAGAAAAAUUAAUUAUGAUGCAAUAGAUACAAUGUGGCAACCUCACUUUCAUCCACAUAAUCAGGAAUUUAGAGUUCGAUAUAGAUAUAAAGGUAGUAUGAGAUUAAAAACUAUCUCUUGUAAACAUUUUGGAUAUUCGAAUAGUAAGAAAAUAUCAAUUUUAUUUUUGUUACGAUGGAUUUUAUGUGGAAAACAGAUAGCUGAAAAGACUAAGAGGUCACGACUUAGUAUAUGUGACAUAGACCAAGAUAGAUUACAUGAAUUAUUAACAUCCAAGAAACCAAAAAAAUUAUCAUUAGAUAUUCCAGACGAUAAGAAGGAAGUUGACAAAUUUAUAUUGGAACAAAAAAUGUCAAUAAAAGGAAAAAGAAUGAAAAAAGCAAUGUCAUUAGAUGAGGAAAAGGUAAAAAAAUUGUUUAAUAAAAAUAUGAAGAAUAAUGAAUUUUAUGAACGGCUUUAUAAAAUUAACAAUUUUCUUUUAAAUAAUUGUAAGGAUGUUAAUUUAUUAAAUAAGAUAAAAAAUAUUAUUCAUAAUUAUGAAAGUGAAAUGAAAAAUUGUGAGAAGGAUAUUGGCAUAAAUAGGGUGCACAGCGAUGAUAUUAAAUAUAAUAAUAAUAAUGAUGAUGAUAAUAAUGAUGAUGAUAAUAAUAAUGAUGAUAAUAAUAAUAAUGGUGAUAGUCAUUAUAGUUAUAAUUAUGAUGGUAAUAUCAAACCAAUCAAGAAGAGAGGAAGAAAGAAAAAAAGGAAAGCAAAUGAAGAUGAUGAAGAAAAAAAAACAAAUAAUAUGGAUCUUCCAUUUUGUGAGAAGAAGGAUUAUAUUAUAAAUAAGAAAUUAAAAAGUCUUGAAAAAAAUAAUGAUACCAAUGAUAGUAAUAAUAAUAUAUCAGAGGAACAAUGUAUUCCAUUUUGUAUUGAUAAAGAGAAAGAGAUGUUUCUUAAAUUCUUUAAACGUAAUAUGAUGAAAGGAAAUAUUAUACAAAAUAAAUACAAAAAUAAUGAUAACAUUAAUAAUAUGAAUAUAAAGAAUAAAGAUUUUUUAAUAUUAUCUGAUGAAAAUAACACUAAAGGUAAUAGUAAUAAUAAUAAUAAUAAUGAUGAUGAUAAUAUAACCUAUGGGAGUAAUAAAAAUAUUAUUAAUAAUAAUCAUGUGAAAAAAAAGAAUCAUAAUAAGAUCCCCCAUUGUGAUGUAUUAAAUAUUUUUUCUAAGAAAAAUGAUAUAAAUGAUUUAUUUAAUAUAAACUCAGAAAAUAUAUGUACUAAAGAAAAUCUGAAGGCAGUCAAUAAUUGUCUUACCGAAUUAAAAAAGUCUAUAUAUAUAAAAAAUAAAAAUAAUAAUAUGAAUAAAAUAAGAUAUUCAAAUAUUAAUGAUAAUUUCAUUGAAUUAUUAAACAAGGAAAAUAUUAUGAACAAUAUGUAUAUAAAUAAGAAUAAUGAUAAAUUUAAAAUGGACGAUUAUCUAAAAAUUUUUGAUCAAACAAAGAAAAAAAAAGAUAUUAAAGAUAAUAUGUUAUAUGCUGUAUAUAAUAGACUUCAUGAUUUAAAUAAUGAGGAAACAAAAAAUGAUAAAAAUAUGAAUAUACAAAAUUUACCAGCAAGUUUUGAUAAGAGUUCACAUUUAUUAUCUCCAUCAUCUGAUGAAUUAAAAAAAAAUAUGACACAUAAAAGUAGUAGUAAAAAAAUAAGUAACGUAUCUACAUGCCCUAGUUUAGGAUGGAAUCAUUUAUUACUUAGGAACGAUAUUUUAAAAAGCGAUAAUAAUAUGUGUAGUAGAUCCUUUUCACAUGUAUAUAGUAAAAAGUCUUCCACCACUAGAAAUAACGACGACAGUGAUGAUAAUAAUAUAAUUAGUGUUUUAUAUAAUAAUGAAAAAAAAGAAAUGGAUAAAGAUAUCAGCAUUUCUUAUAUAUUAAAAAAUAAAAAGAGCCCAGAUUUUUUCCAUACGUUAUUUAAAGACAAAUAUGACAGUAAUUUUUUAGACUUAAAAGGGGACUAUAAUGAUGAUAUGAAAGAAAUAAAACUUGCUAAUAAAAAACAUUUAGAUAAGGUAUAUGUGGAUAUUUUAUUUAGAGAAUAUAUGAAGAGAAAUAAUAAGGACCAUAUUAUAACGGGUUCAUCAGGAGGUUCUAUGAAAAGAUCAUCAUCUAAUAAUAUGGACAGAAGUUACAAUAAUAAUAUGAAACAAAAGAAGAAUAAAAUGUUAGGAAAUAAUAUAAUAAACAAUACAUAUAGUAAUAAUAAUAAUAAUAAUAAUAAUAAUAAUAGUAAUAAUAAUAAUAAUUUUUGUGUGAAUAAUAUUAGUACAUAUGAUUAUAUAGAUACUCAUAAUAGUUGUAAUAACAAUUAUAGUAGCAAAAUAAAUUCCAUGUUGAAUGAUAUAAAUAUUUACAAGAGAAUAAUUAAAAAAUAUGAAAGUAGUAAUCAGGACAUUAAUAAUAAUAAUAAAGAAAAAAUGAUAUAUGAAAUUGUCAAAGAAAUUAUGAAUACAAAAGAUGUAUUACAUAAGGAAGAAAAAAAAAGAAGAAAAAAAAAUGAUAAUAAAGCUAAUUAUAAUAAUACAAAUGAUAUAAUAAACCUAUUAAACAUAAACAAGUGUAAUGAUAAUAUAAAUAAACAUUUUAAUGUUAAUAAUGAUGAUUAUAAUAUAACUACUUCAACAAAUAGAAAUAUACAAAUAAAUGAUUUAUAUAAAGAAAAAAAAAAUACAAAUGAUGAAUCUGAGAACAAACAUAAAAAAUAUAUCUCGCAUGCAAUGUAUGAUAAGAACAAUUUCGAUUUAAUUAAAAAUUUUAUUAAUGCUGUAAAGAAAAAUAAGUUACAACAAAGACAAGAAGAAAAAUAUAAAAGUGAUGAGGAUAAUGAAAAUUAUAUAAACAACGGGGCAUCAUAUGAAGAUAAGAUAAUAUCAAGUUUAUUAAAAAAUUCGCAUAUUCUAAAUAACAAGAAUAAGAUGAAUUUUAAAAAUUACAAUGAUUUUGAUUACAAUGGAUAUGAUUAUAAUGGCUACGAUCACAAUGGCUACGAUUACAAUGGCUACGAUUACAAUGAUUGUGAUUACAAUUAUGAUUAUAAUGAUAAUACUGAUGUGCAGGAAGAAAAGGAACAAAAAAAAGAACAAAAAAAAAAAAUUGGUAUAUCUGACAGAAAUGAUGAUGAAAUAUUUACAUAUUAUAUGUCUUUAAAAAAUAAUUUGCCUAAUGUAAAAAAUAAAAAUAAUAUUAAAAAUAUGUUUUGA